CUGUUUGCGUAAUAAUUAAAAUAAAAUAAUAUAAUAUAAUAUAAGCCUUUUGUUUUGUCAAAUGGGAUUUCUUGUGUAUGUCUGAGGAUUAAUUUCAGUGUUUCCAAGGACCAUGGUUUAGUUUGCGCCAACCUUUUUUAUGCGGCUAGUGUGAUCACUGAUGGCGUCAUAUGCGUCAUGAGUCAUGAAGAUUCGUUUUGUUUUUCAUUUGAGUUCUAUUUUGUUUUCUUUUUCCUGUGGACUUUUGCAUAUGGUUUUAGAUAUACUAUUUAAGUUCUAAAACUAUGUCCAGCUGACUCUUUUUUCUUUUUCUUUACCAUCUCUGACAUUAAAAUGUUCAUAGCUUUGGGUUUGUAAUUUUGUUUUCAUAUUUCUCAUAUCAGGUUUCAGAAUUUGGAAAAAAAUGAAGAUUUUUUCAGCUAAGGUUGAAGAGGGAAGAGAAGGCCUAGGUGAGAAGCCAGCAGUUGGUCCUGUGUAUCGUAAUUUACUCUCCAAGAAUGAGUUUCCUCCACCUGAUCCCAAUAUUAGUACAGCUUGGGAUGUUUUCAGCGUAUCUGUGGAGAAGAAUCCUCAAAAUAGGAUGCUUGGAUGGCGUAAAUUUGUUGAUGGGAAGCUAGGACCUUAUGUAUGGAAGACAUACAAGGAAGUUUAUGAUGAAGUCAUGUGUAUUGGUUCUGCAUUAAGAGCAUCUGGUGCUGAACCUGGCUCCCGGGUUGGGAUUUAUGGAUCAAACUGCCCUCAGUGGAUUAUGGCCAUGGAGGCUUGCAACGCCCACAGUUUGGUUUGUGUGCCUCUUUAUGAUACCCUUGGGCCAGGUGCUGUCAAUUUUAUUCUCGAUCAUGCAGAGGUUGAUUUUGUUUUUGUCCAGGAUAAAAAAGUGAAAGAACUACUAAAUCCUGAUUGUAAAUCUGCUCAACGGCUGAAAAUUAUGGUGUGCUUCACUUCCUUGACAGAGGAAGAGGAGAAUAAGGCAGCUGAAAUUAGGAUAAAACCAUAUUCAUGGAAUGAGUUCCUUCAUAUGGGAAAAGAAACCCCAUCAGAGAUUUGUCCACCUCAGGCUUUCCACAUUUGCACAAUUAUGUACACAAGUGGCACGAGUGGAGAUCCUAAAGGUGUUGUGUUAACACAUGAGAACAUUGCCUCUUUUAUAAGAGGGAUGGAUCUAUUUAUGGCACAAUUUGAAGACAAGAUGAAUGAAGAUGAUGUGUAUCUUUCUUUCCUGCCCCUGGCUCAUAUCCUUGAUCGCGUGAUUGAAGAGUAUUUUUUCCGUAAUGGUGCUUCUGUUGGCUACUAUCAUGGGGAUCUUAAUGCAUUGCUGGAUGAUUUGAUGGAGCUGAAGCCAACACUCUUUGGUGGGGUACCUCGAGUUUUUGAAAGAGUGCAUGAAGGUAUAAAAAAAGCAUUACAAGAACUCAAUCCAGUAAGGAGAAAAAUUUUUGACAUUCUGUACAGACACAAACUUGCUUGGAUGAAGUUUGGGUGUAAACAGAAAAAUGCAUCACCGUUAGCUGAUCUGUUGGCAUUCAGGAAGAUUAAAGCCAGAUUAGGUGGUCGGGUCCGGCUAAUAUUAUCUGGAGGAGCACCCUUGAGCUCUGAGGUGGAAGAAUUCUUGCGGGUUACUUGUUGUGCCUUUGUUGUCACAGGUUAUGGGUUGACAGAAACUUGUGGACCAACUACUAUGGGCUUUCCUGAUGAGAUGUGCAUGAUUGGUACUGUCGGUACCCCUACUUUGUACAAUGAGCUGCGCCUUGAGGAGGUCCCAGAGAUGGGUUACAACCCACUUGGGGAGCGAGCAUGUGGUGAGAUAUGUGUGAGAGGGAAGAGUGUCUUUUCCGGGUACCACAAAAAUCCUGAAUUAACAAGAGAGUCCAUCAAAGAUGGCUGGUUUCAUACAGGGGACAUAGGGGAAAUGCUUCCAAAUGGAGUUGUUAAGAUUAUAGAUAGAAAGAAGAAUCUCAUAAAACUUUCCCAAGGAGAGUAUGUUGCACUAGAGCAUUUGGAAAAUGUUUAUGUUAUCACUCCAAUUGUUGAAGAUAUCUGGGUAUAUGGGAACAGCCUUAAGUCAAAGCUAGUUGCAGUAGUUAUACCACAUGAAGAAAACGCCAAAAAGUGGGCAUAUUCAAAUGGUCAUGUGGGUUCAUUCGCUGAACUGUGUUCCCUUGAUCAGUUAAAGAAUUAUGUGCUCGCUGAGCUGAAGUUUACUGCUGAGAGAAACAAGCUGAGAGGUUUUGAACAAAUCAAAGGAAUCAUUCUAGAUCCCCUUCCCUUUGAUAUGGAAAGAGAUUUAGUAACAGCAACAAUGAAGAAGAAAAGAAAUAAGUUGCUUAAAUUGUAUCAGGCACAAAUUGACAAACUCUAUGGAAUUUGACUGGAUGGCAAUAAUAAAGGUUUUGGGAUUAAUAAGAGACAGUUGGUACGGGAGUUGUGUAUGCAAAUGUAUCAGUUGUCCCUCUCCUCAAAUUGCCUACAAAAUUGUUGUCCUACUGGUGUAAUUUCUCUGCUGAAUACUAAUUCAGAGUGUGAAAAAUGUAGAGUGUGAAACUGUGUUACAUCUUAGUCCUCUUAUGUGUUGGAUUUUGUUCAUGAUAAUAAUUCAUUUCCAACAUAUCAAAAUUA